AUGCCAGAGCAGCGGAAUGGGAUGCCAGAGAAAUCCAAGCUCCCGAGCAGCGAAAUAACCAUUCCUCUGAAAAAGCGCCAGAGGAAUCGGAAAUCACAUGCCGCUGCCGCUCACUUGUCACCUCUUCAUUUUUACAACUCCACGCACCAAGGCCAAAGGUUUGUCAAUGCUCUCCGCUUCUUCACGCUCAAAGAGAGAGUCUCUUUCGAUAAAGAAAUCAAGAAAAGCAAAUUCAUCGCCAUUGCUGCCCCUAUCUCUGAUGAGCGCUCCACUUUCUCAUUCAUUGCUGAGGUCCGUGAACCCCGUGCCACUCACAAUUGUUGGGCUUACAAGAUUGGGGAUCAAUUUCGGAGUAAUGAUGAUGGUGAACCAUCUGGAACAGUUGGCAAGCCAAUACAAUCAGCAAUUGAGUCUUCAGGGAUAGAUAGAGUUAUGGUGGUUGUUAUCAGGUACUUUGGAGGAAUCAAACUUGGCACUGGAGGAUUAGUUAGAGCUUACAGAGGGGUAGCUGCAGAAUGCUUAAGAAAUGCCCCAACUUGCCUUGUAAAAUCUAAAGUAAUAAAAUUUCCUAAAUUUUCCUUUUUAUGUUACUUCUCCCAAUCAAUUGCCUUUGAUAACGCCUUCAUGCUUGCACCUGUGGGAUUGCAUGUCACAUUUGAUCUUUUGGGAGUUCUAUACAUCAAAAUUAAUAAAAGCUGCAUUAUUCCCAAGAACAUCAGGAUUCUCAAGAACAAUAAACAAAGUGGACUUGAUGUAGAACUUGAUGCCAAAGGCGAUCUUCACUGGAAAGUUGUAUCUGUUUAUAUUCACCGGAGUGGGAAUAUUACUUUCAUGAGGAAGAAGGAUUUCAGGAAAGAGCAACUAGUUCUUGAGGACUUAGUGCUAGAAUUCAUAGUAUGA